AUGUCGAUGAUUUCUCAAGUCCCUUUUCAACUCUCCGGUCGGUAUGCCGAGCACAAUCGGUGGGAGGUUCUCAACGGCCCAGGCGACUCACGUGUAACCGGAAGUCAAAUUAUCGAAGAUGAAGGUCUUGUUGGCCAGUGGGCAGACAAAGUUGUCCUGAUCACCGGCGUUUCAUCUGGGAUCGGUGUUGAGACUGUGCGUGUCUUGGCAUCUACUGGAGCGACCAUCUUUGGCACAGCCCGAAACAUCGAAAAGGCAAAAGAGGCUUUAGGCUCCUCAUUGCUUGAUACCGGGCGUGUGAAGCUUCUUUUUAUGGAUCAGACAGAUCUCUCGAGUGUUCGGGCCUGUGCCGAAGAAUUUCUCAAACAGAGCUCUAAGCUUAACAUCAUCAUCAACAAUGCGGCUGUGAUGAAUACCCCUCAAAGCUAUACUAAAGAUGGCUUUGAGCUUCAGUUUGGAACCAAUCACUUAUCACACUUCCUCCUCUUCUAUCUACUAAAAGAUACCCUUUUGGAAACUGCACGCUCCUCUAACUUCGCCUCUCGUGUGGUUAGUGUUGCCUCAGCAGGCCAUCGCUAUAGCCCUAUUCCUCUGGAUAACGUUAACUGGGAAGGAAACUACAACGGCUGGCUUGCUUACGGAGCUAGCAAGACCGCCAAUAUCUACAUGACCACCCAAAUCGAGCGCUUGUAUGGCGCUCAAGGUCUUCAUGGCUUCAGCGUCCACCCUGGGGCUUUUAUAAGCCCCAACCUCCAGAAACAUUCUCAGGAGGAAAUGAAGUCUGUCUUGGAAGACAAGCGCGCAAUGGCAUACUUGUCCAGUCUCGAACAGGCCUGCGCAACUAGCAUAUACGGUGCUGUUUCGAGCGAGCUGGAAGGCAGGGGUGGCUUGUAUUUGGAAGGCGCAUCGGUAGCAAUUCAUCCGACACCACCGGGCGGAGAUGCGCUCGAAUAUGGAUAUGGCAGUUGGGGAUUUGACCAGGCAAAGGAAGAAGAAUUGUGGAAGCUUAGUAAAUCCUGGGUUGGAGUCGAGUGA